CUCAGCCGCUGAGGCCAGUUUCCGUGGCAACGGAAAAGUGCGGGAAUUACAGAUAAAUUUAAACUGCGACUGCGCGGCGUAAGCUCGUUGAAGCUUCUGGACCGAGGACGGUUCGCGGGGCUUUUUGGAUAAGUUGGACCCCCUAACCCGGGAAGCCCAGACGCUUUGUUUUGUGUAACGGUGAGAGAGCCCUGGAGAAGGGAGAGGGGCCUCAAGGGUACUUCGGGAGACAGCAUACAUUUAAGCCUAUGUGUUCAAGUUCAUUGUAACAGGAAGAAAUGGAUUUAUGUGCGGAUCGUGUUGAAGAAGUACAAAAUGUCCUUAAUGCUAUGCAGAAAAUCUUAGAGUGUCCAAUCUGUCUGGAGCUGAUCAAAGAGCCUGUUUCCACAAAAUGUGACCACAUAUUUUGCAAAUUUUGCAUGCUGAAACUUCUCAACCAGAAGAAAGGGCCAUCACAGUGUCCUUUGUGUAAGAAUGAUAUAACCAAAAGAAGCCUACAAGAAAGUACAAGAUUUAGUCAACUUGUUGAAGAGCUAUUGAAAAUCAUUCAUGCUUUUGAGCUUGACACGGGAUUGCAGUUUGCAAACAGUUACAACUUUUCAAAAAAGGAAAAUAACUCUCCUGAACAUCUAAAUGAAGAAGUUUCUAUCAUCCAAAGUUUGGGCUACCGAAACCGUGCCAAAAGACUUCGACAGAGUGAACUUGAAAAUUCUACCUUGCAGGAAACCAGUCUUAGCGUCCAACUCUCUAACCUUGGAAUUGUGAGAUCUCUGAGGACAAAGCAACAGAUACAACCUCAGAAUAAGUUUGUCUACAUUGAAUUGGGAUCCGAUUCUUCUGAAGAAACAGUUAAUAAAGCAAGUUCUUGCAGUGUGGGAGAUCACGAAUUGUUACAGAUCAUCCCUCAAGGAGCCAAGGCUGAAGCCAGUUUGAAUCCUGCAAAAAAGGAUAAUGAUGCUUGUGAGUUUUCUGAGGAUAUAACGAAUAUUGAACAUCGUAAAUCCAGUAAUAACGAUUUGACUACCACUGAGAAGCAUGCAGCUGAGAAGCAUCCAGAAAAAUAUCAGGGUAGUUCUGUUUCAAACUUGCAUGUGGAGCCAUGUGGCACAAAUGCUCAUGCCAGCUCUUUACAGCAUGAGAACAGUUUAUUAUACACUAAAGACAGAAUGAAUGUAGAAAAGACUGACUUCUGUAAUAAAAGCAAACAGCCUGGCUUAGCAAGGAGCCAACAGAACAGAUGGGUUGAAACUAAGGAAACAUGUAACGAUAUACAGACUUCCAGCACAGAGAAAAAGGUAGUUCUGAAUGCUGAUCCCCUGAAUGGGAGAAUAGAACUGAAUAAGCAGAAACCUCCAUGCUCUGACAGUCCUAGAGAUUCUCAAGAUAUUUCUUGGAUAACACGGAAUAGUAGCAUACAGAAAGUUAAUGAGUGGUUUUCCAGACGUGAUGAAAUAUUAACUUCUGAUGUCUCACCUGAUGGGAGGUCUGAAUCAAAUGUGGUAGAAGUUCCAAAUGAAGUAGAUGGAUACUCUGGUGCUUCAGAGAAAAUAGCUUUAAAGGCCAAUGAUCCUCAUGGUGCUUUAAUGUGCGAAAGAGUUCACUCCAAACUGGUAGAAAGUAAUAUUGAAGAUAAAAUAUUUGGGAAAACAUAUCGGAGGAAAGCAAGCCUCCCUAACUUGAGCCACAUAACUGAAAAUCUAAUUACAGGAGCAUCUGCUAUAGAACCUCAGAUAACACAAGAGUAUCCCCUCACAAAUAAACUAAAGCGUAAAAGGAGAACUACAUCAGGCCUUCAUCCUGAGGAUUUUAUCAAGAAAAUAGAUUUGGCAGUUGUUCAGAAAACUCCGGAAAACAUAAUUGAGGAAACUGACCAAAUAGAGCAGAAUGGUCAUGUGAUGAAUAGUACUAAUAAUGGUCAUGAGAAUGAAACAAAAGGUGAUUAUGUUCAGAAGAAGAAAAAUACAAACCCAACAGAAUCAUUGGAAAAAGAAUCUACUUUCAAAACUAAAGCUGAACCUAUAUGCAGCAGCAUAAGCAAUAUGGAACUAGAAUUAAAUAUCCACAGUUCAAAAGCAGUUAAGAAGAAUAGGCUGAGGAGGAAGUCCUCUACCAGGCAUAUUCAUGCACUUGAACUAGUAGUCAAUAGAAAUCCAAGCCCACCUAAUCAUACUGAACUACAAAUUGAUAGUUGUUCUAGCAGUGAAGAGCUGAAGGAAAAAAAUUCUGACCAAAUGCCAGUCAGACACAGCAAAAAACUUCAAUUCAUAGAAGAUAAAGAAUCUUCAACUGGAGCCAAGAAGAAUAACAAGCCAAAUGAGACAAUCAAUAAAAGACUUGCCAGUGAUGCUUUUCCAGAAUUAAAUGUAACAAACAUACCUGGUUUUUUUACUAAUGGUUCAAGUUCUAAUAAACUUCAAGAGUUUGUCAAUCCUAGCCUUCAAAGAGAAGAAAUAAAAGAGAACCUAGGAACAAUUCAAGUGUCUAAUAGUACCAAGGACCCCAAAAUUUUGAUCUUCGGUGAAGGAAGAGGUUCACAAACUGAUCGAUCUACAGAGAGUACCAGUAUUUUAUUGGUGCCUGAAACAGAUUAUGGCACUCAAGAUAGUAUCUCAUUACUGGAACCUGACAUCCCAGAGAGGGUAAAGACAGCACCAAACCAUCAUGCAGCAAUUAAAAACCCCAGAGAACUUAUUCAUGGUUGUUCUGAAGAUACUAGAAAUGAUGCAGAGGGCUUUAAAGAUCCAUUGAGAUGUGAAGUUAACUACACUCAGAAGACAAACAUUGAAAUAGAAGAGAAUGAACUUGAUACGCAGUAUUUACAGAAUACAUUCAAGGUUUCAAAGCGUCAGUCAUUUGCUUUGUUUUCAAACCCAGGAAAUCUAGAAAAGGAAUGUGCAACAGGCUAUGCCUACUCCAAGUCCUUGAGGAAACAAAGUCCAAAAGUCACUCUUGAAUGUGACCGAAAAGAAAAUCAGGGAAAGAAAGAGUCUAACGUCAAGCAUGUGCAGGCAGUUUAUACAACUGUAGGCUUUCCUGUGGUUUGUGAGAAAGAAAAAAAGCCAGGAGAUUAUGCUAAAUAUGGCAUAAAAGAAGUCUCUAGGCUUUGUCAGUCAUUUCAGUUCAGAGAAAAUGAAACUGAACUCACUAUUGCAAAUAAACUUGGAAUUUCACAAAACCCAUAUCAUAUGCCAUCCAUUUCUCCCAUCAAGUCAUCUGUUAAAACUACAUGUAAGAAAAAUCUGUCAGAGGAAAAGUUUGAAGAACAUUCAAUAUCCCCUGAAAGAACAAUAGGAAAUGAGACCAUCAUUCAAAGUACAGUGGGCACAAUUAGCCAAAAUAACAUUAGAGAAAGCACUUUUAAAGAAGGCAGCUCAAGCAGUAUUUAUGAAGCAGGUUCCAGUACUAACGAACUAGGCUCUAGUGUCAAUGAAGUAGGUUCCAGUGGUGAAAACAUUCAAGCAGAACUAAGUAGAAACAGAGGACCAAAAUUAAAUGCUGUGCUUCAGUUGGGUCUCAUGCAGCCUGAAGUCUAUAAGCAAAGCCUUCCUCUAAGUAAUUGUAAACAUCCUGAAAUAAAAAGGCAAGGAGAAAAUGAAGGAGUAGUUCAGGCUGUUAAUGCAGAUGUCUCUCUAUGUCAGAUUUCAGAUAACUUAGAGCAACCUAUGGGAAACAGUAAUGCUUCUCAGGUUUGUUCUGAGACACCGGAUGACCUGUUAAAUGAUGACAAAAUAAAAGAGAAUAUCGGCUUUGAUGAAAGUGGCAUUAAGGAAAGAUCUGCUGUUUUUAGCAAAAGUGUCCAGAAAGGAGAAUUCAAAAGGAGCCCUAGUCCCUUAGCCCAUACAAGUUUGUCUCAAGGUCGCCGAAGAGGGGCUAGGAAAUUAGAGUCCUCAGAAGAGGAUGUGUCUAGUGAGGAUGAAGAGCUUCCCUGCUUUCAACACUUAUUGUUUGGUAAAGUCACCAAAGUACCAUCUUCAUCUACCAGAUAUAAUGCUGUUGCCACAGACGGUCUAUCUAAGAAAACAGAGGAGAACCUGGUAUCACUGAAGAAUAGUUUAAAUGACAGCAGUAACCGGAUAGCAUCAGCAAAGGCAUCCCAGGAACAUCACCUCAGUGAGGAAGCGAGAUGUUCUAGUAGCUUAUUUUCCUCACAACACAGUGCAUCGGAAGACUUGAUUGCUAAUCCGAACACCCAGGAUCCUUUCUUGAUGUUUGAUCCUCCUUCCAAACAAGUGAGGCAUCAGUCUGAAAACCAGGAAGUUCUGAGUGACAAGGAAUUGGUUUCAGAUGAUGAUGAAAGGGAAACUGGCCCAGAAGAAUAUAAUCAAGAAGAGCAGAGUGUGGAUUCAAACUUAGAUGAAGCAGCAUCUGAGUAUGAGAAUGAAACUAGCCUCUCUGGAGAAUGUUCAAGGCUGUCUUCUCAGAGCGAUAUUUUAACCACUCAGCAGAGGGAUACCAUGCAAGAUAAUCUGAUAAAGCUCCAGCAGGAAAUGGCCGAACUGGAAGCGGUGUUAGAGCAGCACGGGAGCCAGCCUAACAUGUCCCCUCCCCUCAUAGCUGAUUCUUGUGCCCCUGAAGAGCUGCUAAAUCCGGAACAAAACACAUCAGAAAAAGCAGUAUUAACUUCAGAGAAAAGUAGUGCAUAUCCUGUAAGGCAGAAUCCGGAAAGCCUUUCUGCAAACAAGUCUCAAGAAUCUCUGGGUAGAUCCACCAAUAAAAAUAGAGAACCAGGAGUGGAAAGGUCUUCCCCUUCUAAAUCCCAGUUGUUAGAUGAUAGGUGGUAUGUGCACAGCCACUCACAGAGUCUUCAGAACAGAAACUGCCCGUCUCAAAAGGAGCUCGAUAAAGUUGCUAAAGUGUUGGAGCAACAACUGAUAAAGCCUGAAGCCCAAGAGGGAACCCCUUACCUAGAGUCUGGAGUCAGCCUCUUCUCUGAUGACCCUCAGUCUGAUCCCUCUGAAGACAGAGCCCCAGAGCCGGCUUACGUUUGCAGCAUGCCAGCUUCAACCUCUGCAUUGAAGUUACCCCAAUUUCAAGUUCAAGAAUCUGCCAAGAGUCCAGCUGCUGCUCAUACUAAUACUGUUGGGUAUAAUGUGAGAGAAGAAAGUGUGAGCAAGAAACCAGAAGUGAUAUCUUCAACAAAAAGAGUAAACAAAAGAAUAUCUAUGGUGGCAUCAGGCUUGACCCACAAAGAAUUUAUGCUUGUACACAAGUUUGCCAGAAAACACCACAUUACUUUAACUAAUCUAAUUACCGAAGAGACUACUCAUGUCAUUAUGAAAACAGACACCGAGUUUGUAUGUGAACGGACACUGAAAUAUUUUCUGGGAAUUGCAGGAGGAAAGUGGGUAGUUAGCUAUUUCUGGGUGACCCAGUCUGUUAAAGAAAGAAAGAUUCUAGAUGAGCAUGAUUUUGAAGUCAGAGGUGAUGUUGUCAAUGGAAGGAACCACCAAGGUCCAAAGCGAGCAAGAGAAUCCCAGGACAGAAAGAUCUUCAGGGGCCUAGAAAUCUGUUGCUACGGACCUUUUACCAACAUGCCCACAGAUCAACUAGAAUGGAUGGUGCAGCUCUGUGGGGCUUCUGUGGUGAAGGAGCCUUCAUCAUUCACCCUCGGCGAGGAUACUCACCCAGUUGUGGUUGUGCAGCCAGAUGCCUGGACAGAGGACGGUGGCUUCCAUGCGAUUGGGCAGAUGUGUGAGGCACCUGUGGUGACCCGAGAAUGGGUGUUGGACAGCGUAGCCCUCUACCAGUGCCAGGAGCUGAACACCUACCUGAUACCCCAGAUCUCCUAGAGCUGCUGUUGAGUCCAGCCAGCCAUGUGUCUAGUGUAUAGGGCCUGUCUCUACAGGACCCCAAGAACGAGCUUCAGGAAUGGCCUUUUGCCAGGCCCUGGGAGUUCCUCUUCAGUCCUUCCACAGUUCUGGUUACUAAAUAUUUUAUGUAUGUCAGCCUAGAAAGAACUUCAGGCUAUGCAAGGGUCCCUUAAAGAUUUUCUGUUUCAAGUCUCCCUUUGAAAUCUGCCAUGAGCACAAAAUUGUGGUAAUUUUUCACCUGAAAAGAAUUUAAAACCAUUUUAAACACCACCAAUUGAGCAAGAUGCUGAUUCAUUAUUUAUCAGCCCUAUCCCUUGUACUGGGGCUGUCGGCUUAAAGCUGGAAGCACAGAGUGGCUGGCCUCAGGAGAAUAGAUGGUCUCCCUGAGUUUGUUUCUCUAAAGCCUCGCAUUCAUAAAGGCCAAGAGUCAGACCCUUCAACGGAAGGUGAGUACUUAGGAGGGUAUGUGAUGUGACUUAAAAGCAGAACAGUCCUUGGGCAGCUCUCGAAUGUUGGAAUGGAGCACCGGGAAAGGAAUUCAGAAGCAGGCAGUAGAUAUAAAUAUGAAACUUGAGAGUAAUUAGAGGAGAGGGGAGCCAUGCUGGCCCCAAUCUCUAAAAGUCUGGUCAAGAACUGGAGUCCAAAGAGAGUCUUCUAAUUUCUUAUUAGUAAUAAGUAAGAUGUUUAUUGUUGUAGCUCUGUUAUGUAACCUAUUCCUCUUGAAAUGUAAGAUCUCUGAUAUGAAUAUUUCCUGUCUAUAAAAUGACAGAUUCCACCAGGAAAGGAGCUGUUGCUUUCCUUGAGGUAAUUUUUUCUUCGCUCCCUGUUGCUGAACUGUACAGCUUCAUAAAUAAUUUUGUUUGCUGAAGGAAGAGAAAAUGUUUUUCAUAAACUCAUUAUCCAGGACUGCUUAUAGCUGUUGGAAGGAUUAGGUCUUCCUUAGCCCCCCAGUAUAUGAGGGCAGUGCACACUGGAUUGUACAAAAUAUGUUUGUAAAUGUUGGCUUUUCACCUGCAAAUAAACUUGGUAGCAAACACUUCUA